CCCUUUCUUUCUUUCUUCACUUAAAUAGGUUCCUUUGGCAUUGUACUUUCUAUUUAUUUAUUUAUUUAUAUAUAGAAUCAUUCAUUAGAGAAAGAGGAGGGAGGAGGUACUUCAUUAUCAGCAUCAUAAGAUCAUUCAGAGAGUUUAUUUGAGAGAAUGAUGAGUUUAUCUUCAGGUCAAAUCAGUAGUAGCUAUGAUCUCUCAUUCAAGAUCUUGUUGAUUGGUGAUUCAGCUGUUGGAAAAAGUAGCUUACUUCUAAGCUUCAUCUCUAACUCUACUGAAGAACUUGCCCCCACAAUUGGUGUUGAUUUUAAGAUCAAACAGCUCAUAGUUGGUGGGAAGAGAUUGAAACUAACAAUUUGGGAUACCGCUGGACAGGAAAGGUUUAGAACACUAACAAGUUCUUACUAUAGAGGAGCUCAAGGGAUCAUUCUUGUUUAUGAUGUCACCAGGAGAGAAAGCUUUACAAAUUUAUCAGAAGUAUGGUCCAAGGAAGUGGAACUCUAUUCUACUAAUCAGGAUUGUGUGAAGUUACUAGUUGGAAAUAAAGUUGACAGAGAUUCUGAAAGGGCUGUGAGCAGAGAAGAGGGUUCAGCUCUUGCUAAAGAGUUGGGAUGUUUGUUUUUUGAAUGUAGUGCCAAAACUAGAGAAAAUGUGGAAAGCUGUUUUGAAGAGCUUGCAUUAAAGAUAAUGGAUGCUCCUAGUCUUCUGGAAGAAGGAUCAAGCACAGUAAAAAGAAAUAUUCUCAAGCAAAAACAGGAACCUCAAGCAUCCCAACAAAGUGGUGGUUGUUGCUCUUGAAAUGUUUGUUCUAAUUGCUGCCAAAUUCUUUUGGCUGCUUAAUUACUUGUAUCUAUCACUAGUUCACUAAUGAAAAUUUGAAACAAUAAUACCUAAUAGCUUGUGU